AUGAAGCUUCUUGCAGUAACUUUAGUUUCGGUCCUCCUCCUUGCAGCCCAAGCGGACCAACAAACACCUGAUGGCACAAGCUCCUUCACGUUGCCGCACCUCCACACAAGUGAAUCCCUUCGCAACCAAGUGAAACGAAGUGCGCCUGGCCUUCUCCUCCUCAAGAAGGCCGUGCCGCUGCUGAAGAAGUUGCCAGUGGUGUUGCCUCUCCCUCUGCCACUUCCGCUUCCGCUGCCAAAACCUGUUCCUGUGCCGCCGCCUGUUAGUGUGGAGAGCACUCGUCCAUCGCCAAGCUAUAAGCCUGUUCAUUCAUGUGGACCCAAUAAUCACUGA